AUGACGGCUCUGCAGACCUUCGAGGUGUCCAACACGUCCGUCUCCGGCACGCUGCCCACGGCGUGGCACACCAUGGCGAAGCUGUGGGAGUUUACGGCGGACUCGACGGCGCUCGCCGGCACGCUGCCGCCCGAGUGGGGCGCGAUGCAGCGCAUGUUCUACGUCAACCUCUCCCACACGCAGGUGUCGGGCACCCUGCCACCGGAGUGGGGCAACAUGACGCAACUCUCCCACUUUGACCUCUCGUCCACCAACGUCACCGGUCCGUUGCCUGUGGAAUGGGCAGGCAUGACAAACCUGCUGUACAUCAACAUCUCUCACGUCGACCUCACCGGCGCGCUCCCGUCGGAGUGGGGCACGCUGCCGAAGUUUGUCGUCUUUGACAUGUCCCACACACAGCUCUCCGGUGUGUUGCCUCCGGCGUGGGGCGGCAUGCCGCGACUCCGGCAGUUUGACGUGUCGAACACCCGGCUCGCCGGCACCCUGCCGCCGCAGUGGGGCAGCAUGCCGAAGCUCACGAAGGUCUUCCUUGGUCACACCGCCCUCACCGGCACGCUGCCCGCCGUCUACGGGGCGCUGCACCUGGAGGUGUUCGACGUGGCGUACACGGCGCUCACCGGCACGGUCCCGGGGGCGUGGGGUGGCUUCAGCAAUUUGACACACGCAAACUUUACCGGGACGCAGGUGACGGGCUGCGUGCCGAAGGAGUGGCUGUGCUCGCGGCAUAUCACAACAAGCGAGGCGGGACUGACCUCGGACGCCUCGAAACGGUGUCCCGGCGCGGCUAUCGUGUGUGGCGACGACCCCGCGUCGGAGGGGCUAGCGUGGUGGGCCGUGCUGCUCUUUGUGCUGGCGGGUGUGCUAGCGACGACCGCGAUGGUAGGCGCCGUUUGGUACCGCUGCUACCUCCGCCGCCGUGCGAGCCGCGUGGAUGCCGGCACGUUCGAUGCGUGGGACGACGCACGCGGUGGCGCUGCGGAUGCGCUCCUGUACACGACCUUGCCAGGACAAGAGCGUCGCAGCAACGAGGAGGAUGUGGCAUCUACCGACGUCGUCGUGCACGUGGGCGGCGAUAAAGAAGUCGCCUAA